AUGCGUACAGGUAAAGGACGUUCAGAGGGUCAGGCAUUUCAUCGUCGUCUCCUCUCCGAGUAUAAUACGGAAAUCACACUUGACAACUAUGUCUCUUACUUUCAAUUAAAACCCAUUGCAAAGGCUGUGGAGCAGUUAAGAAAAGAAAUUGAGAAACGUAAAAGUGCGGCAGAAACAACAGUAGAAGUGCCAGUGGCUUCACCCACCAUGAGAGAUUCUGUAGCCAUCACUGUAGAAGAGUCUGUCGGCUCUGGUGUUGAGGCCAUUAAUGAAUUAAUGGAAUCUCGUGAAGCUUUACAAGAUGAGUUCUUUAUACAGUUACGUGCAUCCUUUGUAAAGGUGAGGGAUUAUCUUGGAAAACUGGAGAAUGAACUCGUCUUGCGUGUAAAAGAUUUAAAACAACUCACGGAGGAUGAAAUUCGAGCACGACCGGAACAACAUAUUCCACAAUUGUAUGUGACUGUCCAAUCGGUUCAACAAUACCGUGUAUUGAAUUUGGCGGCUUUUCGAAAAAUAAUGAAGAAAUUUAUGGAACGUUGUGCCUGUGAUAGUUUGGAACUUCAACAACGUUUAAUGAAAGUAGAUGAUAUCAUUUCUCGCAGUUCUCUCUCUCAUCCACGGUUGGAUCUUCGCCGUAUUGCCCUUGAUUUGAUUGCCCUUUACGGUACAGUGUAUCGACUUACAUAUGAAGAGACGGUGGCUCAUCUCAGUCGUUAUGAACAUAAGGAAGGUGUAAACAUUCGCCGUAUUUUACCUCACAGUGAUACUUUCUUUUUCACUUUAAAUUUCCCUCAUCAGGAGAGACAAGGCGAUUUCGCCGUACGUAUUUUACCUGGUAGUACAAGUCUCUUUUGUGAAAAGAUGAUAUGUGAGGUAUUACAGUGUGAACGUUACCCACCCUGUUGUACCCAAUUCCCUAAUGGUGAAAUUAAUGUUCGUGUUUCCCGUACACUUCGUGGAGAUGAUGUCUUUGUUCUCCAGUCUCUUGUUAAAUGUGAUCAUGUUGGUCUUUCCCACUCUGGUGCUCUGAUGGAAUUGGCAUUAAUGAUCCACACUGCAAAGUUAAGUUCCGCCAAACGCGUAACGGCGGUUAUUCCAUAUCUUGCCUACACCAGCAGUGUUUCUUCCAUGGCUGUAGUGGCCGAAUUGCUGGAGACGAUGGGAUGUCAACAUGUUAUUACAGUCGAUCUCUCCAGUGAACAGGUGGAGGGAAUGUUUUCUGUGCCGAUGGAAACAAUAUCCGCACGAUAUGAAUUUGUUCGUUAUAUUGCCAAUCAACUUACAAAUGAGGGACAUGACUUUCGUAAUAUCACUAUUGUGGCCACAACAGGGACAUCUGUUAAUCGAGCAAAGAACUUUGCCGAUGCGUUAAUGCGAUAUAAGAAACUCUCACGUGAGGAACAAUUUGUGUCUGUCUGUACAGCCGUUCAAAGACAUGUGGUUCCACAAGAGAGGAAUAAUAAUAAUAAUAACAAUAAUAACCAGAGACCUUUAUUAAGGCAUAAUAACAGUUAUAUCCCAACAGUGGAGGAAAUACAGAAAUGUAAAGAGUUGGCCGCUAAUAUGAAUGAACCGGUGGGUCAUACAGAAGAACAGAAUGAACAUGAUCUACAAAAACAACGUGAUUUAUAUAACUUAUCUACACCAAUGAGUGAUUAUGACUUUUCAUUUAUUGGAAAUAGUAGUACCCGCGCUUUUGAAAAUGCCCUGCGGCAACAAGAAGCCGGUGUGAAUGCCAUUCGUAAUCCAGUAGCGGAUUCUUUUGGUUCCACAGAUGGUGUGGUACUUGUUGGAGAUGUAAAAGAUAAACUUUGCAUUAUUGUUGAUACCGCUAUUGAUGAAGCCAUUUAUAUUAGCCGUACCGCAAGGAAAUUACGGGAAGAAGGGGCCAGUCGAAUUAUUCUUAUUGCCACUCAUUUUAUUCUCUCUGGUGAGGCGGUGGAGCGGCUUAUUAACAGUCCAAUUGAUCUCGUUGUGGUGACGGACAGUGUGGAUCAGGAUGAAGUGUUUAAGAAUCCUCGAAUAGCACAGAAACUACGUGUGUUGCCUAUUGCCCCAUUGCUCGCACGUGCUAUUGAGAAGAUGCACACAGAGAAUACACUCACCACACUCUUUGAGAAGUAA